GGGAGGGGGAUCUGCCUCCCCAUGAUGGUGGUGGUACAAGUCACGCAGUUAACUGUCGACAGGCACACCACAUACUCAGCAGGGAGACAAUGUAAACCCUAUAGUUUAUGGCCGUACUGGCAUAGGUUCUCAAGCUUGCCAGACUCAGGCAAUAGCAUUUUCCGUGCAGCAUGGACCUAGCAUGUGUGUUUGCGAUGUGUACAGUGUAUAGAAAACUUAAAGAACAGUUUUUCAAGGAUGCUGAUUUCAUAUUGUGUUCCAUUGUACAAGAAAUCCUUUAAAAGUCUUAAUUGACAAUUAAUUGUGACAGGUGAAGGUUUACCUGGAGUUGAAACUAUCAAAAAGCAGAAUAAAUUACAGAAGGCGGGUUUAAUGGCUGAAGUAAUUCCAGAGGUGUAGGGUCCGUGAAUUCGACAUUUAUAGAGACUACGGAUGACCGUGUGAUUCACUGAACAUUCAUUGGACAGACAGCUAUAUUGCUUCUGUCAUGACAACAGCCAAGGAGAAGCUUCUUUCCUUUCAAGAUCUACCUUGUGUUGUUAUUCCUGUGUUCGUGUCAAGUAUUUACCCAUAUCACGCUUGUUAACCUCUACGGUGUCAGGGAAGAGAUUCUAUUGGUGUCAACUUCUUUAUUAUGCGGAACACGUUCCAGAGUAUAUGCUUACUCUUUCAUCCGAUGUUCUUUCUAACAGUGGUGUUAUCAAACUUAUGUCUCAUUUAUCUAUUGAAUUUACUCAUGAAGUGGUAGGGAAUAUUUUUUCGUCAAAACGCAACCUGUUGUAUUUUAAGUCUGAUGAUGUUCAUAUUUGAAGUAUCAGCUUUGACGUGUCUGAAAUUAAGUAUGUACAAAAUUAUUACAUGAGGUGUGAGUUUUGUGUUAUGAAAAGGAAUAGUUUUAAACUGUUACAUACGGCCCAUGGGUUGUAUGGGGCUUAUCACAUAGGUCAUAACAGCCUGUCUAUAUAAUGUAUCUUGUAACAAUGACAGUAUAUUACCUGAGAUUAAGUCGUGCAUGAAUUUGGAUCAUAAUGUGAAUAUCAUGUAUGAGUAUCAAGGCAAUGACAGUUCACAGUCACUGAGGAUUAAAGUUGCUUAUGGCUAUUUAUAGACGUUUCAUGACAGAUCACACAUGCAGCUGAAAUUGUAAGAGAGCUUGUUUACUUUGAUUGAAGUCAAAUUGGUUGUUUGUCAUGAGUCAGAGUGGUGAUAUGUAUUCGAAGCCCUUGAUGUUAUAGGCUGCUUUAGACGUGUUUUGAAGACACGAUACACUUUCAAGACACAUUUACAGAUAUUUCUGUGUUUUGACAGUUUGAUCUAUUUGUUUCCAUUGCGGAUGGUGACAGCUGGUUUUGUGUUGAAAUAUUUGAUAGUGUCAGUUUCAUGGUGUGUGGGUUUCUGUAGUCAUGAUUUUCUGGUGAUAAUUUUAGAUUUCUUACCCAGCAAGAUCUUUGAAGGACUUCAUGUGGAAUUGAUUUGAAAUGUGUGUUUGUGAUUGAAACAACCGGCACUGUUGGAUCAGACACAAAGUAGAAGUUUCACAUUGAGAUCGAUAUCAUUUGAGCUUAUAUUAAAUGCUGAAAUGUUUUAUCGAUAAAACAUUUACAUUGAUUUAUGCGAAAUUCUUCAUCUUGUCCGGGAACGCCUCAAAUACGACACAUGUGGUUCUCAUUAUGCACAGCUGUCUACAAAAAGGAUCAUGAAAGUGACAUUUUUGAAAUAAUUAUGGAAGUGUGAAAUGAUAUGUUUCCAUUCUCUAUUGUGUGAUAUCAUGCCUGCAGCGCCCACCCUGAAAUGUCGAUCCACGGGCAGGACUCGGAAUCGGGAUGACGGCAUCCGUGUUGCAUCUCGGGACAGACGGGGGUCGCUGAAGGUGGCGGGAGCGAGGUUUGCUGGUCAUGUGACUGAUGAGACCGGGGACCAGGCAGCUGUUCGAAGAGGAAGCAUCAUUGAUACACUAUACAGAUCUAAGAAAAUGACAAAAAGCAGCAUGGAGGAUAAAAAUGGUGAAGUGAAGUCGGAACACAAUGUUGCCUUGCCGGAGUCAACCCUAAAACCUUACAAGACAGGUAUAUUGGCUUUUCUAGCAGUUGUAGGAACGGCCAUUAUACUGAAAGACUUUGGGAUGGUUUCUCUAAAUCUCUUUAAUACAAGAUCUACAUCACACAAAUCUGAAAGUUUGGUCAAAUCUGUUGAAAAAUGGCGCGAAGCUGAUCCUGCAAUACUUCAGAAAUACGGGCUCAAGGUAUGCGAUAUUGACAGAGUAUACGCUGAUGAAAUUACCGAACAACGGUUUGAAAAGGAAUAUCGGUUCAAAAAGCCUUUACUAGUAAAGUUCCGGAACGGUGCUAAGGACUGGACAGAUCCUGAGAAAUGGACUUUGAAGAGUUUGAUAUCCCAAUAUGGACAAUGGAGGUUGUAUUCCGGUAGCUCUCUGGAACUGGUGAGACGAGGCGGCAACGGGUACAUGGGAUCUUCGUUCGAAGAUUAUGUAAACGCAAUGAUGUCCGAAGGCAGUGAUGUUGAAAAGGAGCCUCCGUACGUGUUUGAUCGAGCGUUCUACGAUGACACUGACCUGUCCGACACCCUCCACCUUCCAUCAUUUCUCACUGUAGAUACUGAUCUAGAAGACAGCCUGUUUUUCCUGGGCUCUACCGGCACCGGGGUCAGCUUCCACAACCACGCUGAUGCCUGGAACGCUGUCAUCUUCGGGCGCAAGCGAUGGUUCCUCUACAACUUUGACCAGAACCCCCCAGGCGGUGUGACCCCAGGAUAUGGACAGCUAGACUGGUUUCAAAAUUUGUACCCAAACCUGACGACAGAUCAGAAGCCAACAGAGUGCAUCCAAGAGCCAGGCGAGAUACUUUAUGUGCCUGAAGGCGUGUACCAUGGGACCAUCAACCUCGGAGAUACGAUAGCUAUUGGCAUCCAGAAGAAAGAGGCGGCCACUGAGGCUAUGAAGUAUGUAUAUGAAGAAAAUAACCUGAGGUCCAAAGGGGAGACAACUGUUAUUGACAGAAUGGAGCUCACUUUUAAACUGCUUGACAUCUUUCCAGGAAGUGCUGAGAUGAACCUGCGUCUCGGAGUCUUGAAUCAAGAAAUCAACCAAAUGGAAUCAGCUGAGACUUACCUACAAAGAGCUGCCAGUAUUGAUCCUUACUUUGUGAUAGCUCGCCUUGUUCUGGCUGAGGUGAAAGCUAAGCUGGGCAAGAACGACGAGGCUGAGGCUCUCAUGAAGAAAGCGCUAGCUCUCAACCCCAAUAUGUGGGAUGUUUAUGCCAAAUAUGGGACCUUCCUGAAACAGAAUGGGAGAUUCAAAGAUGCUGCAGAAAUCUUUAGACAGGGCAUCAAGGUGGAACCCUACCAAAAGGCAUUCUACUUCUACCUGAAGGACAUGGAGGAGAAACUCGGCAACAAGGAAGCCGCCCGCAGAGCCGGCCAGCAACUUCGCCGAAUAGAGCAAUUGGAAGAGCAGCAAGAGAGACACAAUUGAGUGAGUGAGUUGGAUUAAGCGCCGCUGUCAACAAUUUUGUAGUUACGUCACGGCGUGGCUGCGCAUAUGGAGACCAGGGCAUCGUUCCGCAAAGCGAUCGUAGCACUACAACUAUCUAAGUUAUUGUUGAAACGUGAGAGUUAUUAUUGUCUUAGCGGUAAUGUCACACUGUGAAACAGGGACCAGGUCCUCUUAGUUCUGUGGUUAGCAUAAGUUAUAGUAUGGGAGUUGUGAUUAUCUUUGCACUAAGAUUGCUCUAUGUUAUAGUAUCGGAGUUAUGAUCAUCUUUGCGCUAAGAUUGCUUUGACCCUGUUCCACAGAGCAAUCUAAGAACAGGGUCAAAGCAAUCUUAGUGCUGUGGUAAUCAUAAGCCUACGUUAUAGUAAGGAUGUUAUGUUAAUUUUUGCACUAAUUUUGCUCUGUGGAACAGGGUCUAAACGAUCUUAGUCCUGUGGUAAGCGUAAGUCUAUGUUAUAGUAUGGGAAUUACGAUCAUCUUUGUGCUAAGAUUGCUCUGUGGAACAGGGUCAAAGCAAUCUUAGUCCUGUGGUAAUCGUAAGCCUACGUUAUAGUAAGGUUGUUACGUUAAUUUUUGCACUAAGUUUGCUCUGUUGAACAGGGACAAAGCGAUCUUAGUCCUGUGGUUAGCGUAAGUCUAUGUUAGAACAUGGAAGUUACGUUAAUCUUAGCCCUUAGAUCACUUUGUGGGUGCCCGAGUGAAGCAUGGUGUAGACAUUUAUCACUGGUGAAGCAAGGGGCAUGGACCCCCGGUAUCUAAGGGACACAACUCUGCACACAGCAUUGUGCCUCAGACCAUGGGGGGUCCAAGUGGGGAGGUGGGUGGUGAUUAGAAGUCAUGUUAUUCUCAUUCAAUGCUAUUUUACACCAAUGAAUGAGAGGUAUAUCACAAUACAAUUUUGUUUUAUUCAGAAAGGUCGCUUAAUUUAGAAAAGUGACAAAUGAGUGUAAUGUGUCUGAAAAAUGUUUUGUUUUUUUAUUAAGAAGGAAAUUGUAAUUUGAAGAGAUUUGGAUCAAAAUCAAAAUGAUCAAAGGUUGUGGUCAUAGGACCAUAUUAUUAACUGGAGAUAUGUAAUAUAUCACCACCAAUAGAAACGCGAACCAUCGAAACAUAUAGAGAAGUAUGUAUGUUAAGAAGAGAUGUUUCCAGUGUGUACCGAUUACUGACAAAACUUACAAUCCGUCAAGUGUUACCCAGAGUGUCUGUCUUCUUAUCCCAAUAUGCUGCACGUGAUUUCCAAACUUUACACGCUAAUCCUGCACGAGACAAAGGUGCAUCUUGAGUCAUGGAUCUAUGAUGUCACAUGUGAUGCAUUCAUGAGUAUCGGUUCACACAACAUACCAGUAUGUUCGUUUGUGCAUCGAACCAAUCUUAUACCUCUUGAAUAUGAGUAAUUCUUCACACACUGACGAACAUGUACGGUAUUCGCGUUUCUUUUGUUGGUGAGUAUAUAUGGCCAUAAAGAAAGGAAUAGGGCCUGGGGGCCCCUUUCCACCAAGCGAUCUUAGCACUAAGGUGAUCGUAAGCCCCUUACUUUAACAUAGGUUUACGAUCAUUGUAGCGCUAAGAUCGCUUUGAGGAACAGGGCCCAGGUCCUCUUAGUUCUGUGGAUAGCGUAGGUCUAUAUUAUAGGAUGGGAGUUACGAUCAUCUUUGCGCUAAUUUUGCUCUGUGGAACAGGGUCAAAGCAAUCUUACUGCUGUGGUUAGCGUAAGUCUAUAUUAUAGUAUCAGAGUUACGAUCAUCUUUGCGCUAAUUUUGCUCUGUGGAACAGGGUCAAAGCAAUCUUACUGCUGUGGUUAGCGUAAGUCUAUGUUAUAGGAUGGGAGUUACGAUCAUCUUUGUGCUAAGAUUGCUCUGUGGAACAGGGUCAAAGCAUAAAGAAAGGAACAGGUUGGACUGACAGUUGGAAUCCGAGCAUAUUUGUGAAGGAACAACUGAUAGCUGAACAUGCAUUGGUUGGUAGGAUGAUUACAAAUAUCGAUGGACUGUUUACAAUCCGCAGACUUAGACACAGUUUGGGAAAUGGCUUGAGAUAUGUUGAAACACUACAGAUAUUUCUGUGUUGUGGGUUGAUUAGAAAGGAUGUGUGUGGGAACAGAAGUGAAUGCAUUAGGUGCAUGUUUUCACUAUGGGUUUGUGGGGGCGGUCUGGUAGCCUCGUGAUUAAAGCAUUCGCUCGUCACGCCGAAGACCCGGGUUCGAUUCCCGACAUGGGUACAAUGUGUGAAGUCCAUUUCUGGUGUCCCCUGCCGUGAUAUUGCUGGAAUAUUGCUAAAAGCGGCGUAAAACCAUACUCACUCAACCCACUUUAUUUUUUGUUAUAAGAUAAUAUCUAAUAGUUAACAUGGGGAAACAUGGAUGAAUAUCUGCACAAAGGGGAGAAACCAGCUGAUCCUGUAGGCUAUGGCUGGCGUGGGAGAUUCUUUGGUAUUGCAAAUUAUAUUUAGCAGGUGUGUUGUCUUUGUAUAGAUAUGUUGGUAACAGCAAAUAUUGUCUACAAAAAAAGAUCAAAAGUUUUUGAAGUAAUGAAUCCAUUUUCAGAGAUCUCAGAAAACUGUAUGAAGCGCGCUUAAAAUAUCUGUCUGUAAAAUGUCUUGGCAAAGGAGGAACCAGCAUUAUUCAAAAGGAGGAGUCCAAAAAUAUCAAAACCAUCUCUCAGUAUUGUGUGUGUGUGUGUGUAUGUGCGUGUGUGGGAUGGAUGGGUGGGGGUUUUGUGUGGAUAUUGUCUACACCCCACCCCACCCUGGAGAUCCGCCCCGCCUAUCUUUGGACUAUGAUGAAUAGGCAACUGGGGAAAAUAAAAUGAUGUGAGGCAAGAGAAAAAUGACAAAUUAUGAAAAUUUUAUCAGUUAUUUCUUAUGAUUAAGGCCUAAAAUAUUUAGUUUUUGUGGGGGCAGUCGGGUAGCCUAGUGGUUAAAGUGUUAGCUCGUCACACCGAAGACCCGGGUUCGAUUCCCGACAUGGGUACAAUGUGUGAAGCCCAUUUGUGGUGUCCCCCGCCGUGAUAUUGCUGGAAUAUUGCUAAAAGCGGCGUAAAACCAUACUCACUCACCCCACAAUAAUUUUUUGUAAUAAGAUAAUAUUUAAUAGUUGACAUGGGGAAACAUGGCAGGAUAUUUGUUUGUACAUGUAUCGGAAUACAGAGCUAGUGUUACUUUCCUGCCAAGUAAUCAGGGGCACUGACACAUUUCUGCAAGAUAUAGUCGUGCAAAAACAGAAAUAUUACUGAAAACUAUAUUUCAUAUCAUUAUUGCCUUUGAUUCGUGUUACAAUGGCCACGCUUCAGCUACUCGCAUUCCUCACAUGACACUCACUUCAACAGACAUGUCUUUAUUGCAUAUGAACUCAGUUUCAAAUAGUAAUAACCAAGGGACCAUUAACACCACUGUAUAUCAACAACCACACACCAAGUUCCCUGUGAGGAGAGCUACUCAGUACUAUUUUCCUAACAACAUUUGAUGUUUAGUUUUCUUCAGCCAGUGCACAGUGGAAGGUAUGCCCUGUUCUAAAUUUUGUCUGACUCACUUAGAUUUAAAUUUUAAAACCUAGUGCCUGGAUAAAUAAAAAAUGUUGUUUUUUUUUUGUUUUUGUUUUUUUCAAUUUUGCAUUAUUGGUGAGUCAGUGUUUAUAGGGAAGAAGAUGGUAUUUGUCAUGGCGACAUCCUUUGUUUUGUGGUAGUGUUUUUUAUCAGUGAGCAUGAAUUACUUGACUGGGUCAGCGAAACAAGCUGGGAUUACCGUAUUCGACGAAAUAAAUGCCCAGGCACUCUCAAAAUUAGAAUUAGGGGGCCCUUAUUGGGAUUGUUCACUUGCCAAUAUAUUAGCAAAUAUCGCCAUGGGCGUUUAUUAGAGCGGGGGCUUAUUACGUCAGAUAUCAUAUUUUUGAGUUGGUAGAUUCGCAAACCAAGUAAUGCACCAAUAAAAUAAAGUAAUGUAAACUUAAAGCUUAAAGACUUUAGGUUAUGGAGUUCGGUGUACUCGAUAACGCUACACACCUGCUUUAGAUAAACAUGUGCUUCAACACAUGUAACUUGUUUACAGGCUAAUAGUUUAUUGUUAUGUUUAUAUAUCAAGCCUUAUUGAUGUGUGGCAGAAUAACACGGGAUUAUGGCAAGACAAGAACCAUUACUGCGUCAAUGGAUUUAGACAAUUACACACAAACUCGUGAGUUAUUCGUCCCAUUGAAGUACUGGUGUAGACUGUGGGUAUUUAGGUUAAAGGACUGACCACAUUGAUUCAUUGUGUCACAUGCUUCUGAGGUCCCGCUCAUUGUAGAUUUGACCCAUAAUGAAACCUACAUAUAGUAAUAUUGAGCAUAAAAGAGGGGUGAGAUCACAUAUUUUCUCUGACAUUGGGCAAUAAUUUUAUUUAUUCCCUAUUCUUGAAAACCUGAAGAUACUGAUAUGCUCUGAUACUGGGCAGGUUCCUUUAGGAAAAUAAUUUCAUUGCAGAAUGGGCCCUAUUCUUGACCUGGGCCCCGUUCCUCAAAGCAAUCUUUGCGCUAAGGUGAUCGUAAGUCCCAUACUUUAACAUAGGCUUACGAUCAUCGCCGCGCUAAGAUCGCUUUGAGGAACGGGGCCCUGAAUAUACUGGUAUUUGGCAAGCACCUCCAGGGUUUUUUUCUUCCCCAGUUUUAUUCCUGAACUUCAAGUUUCAUAUUUAAUAUUUGGGUGAAUAUUCCUCUAUGUUUUCCCAAACUUUUAUCGCAUGAAAAUAUUUUGUAUAUAAGAUAUGUAAAUAUUGGUAUCAGUGUGUAAAUUAUAUUGUUCUCAUCAUUCCAUGGUCUCCCCAUCAUUCCUUCCAUACAAGUCUUCCUCUGUAGAUCCACUGGUCCGAGCAUGACGGAGGUCACUGUGGUCCACUGGUCCGAGCAUGACGGAGGUCACUGUGGUCCACUGGUCCGAGCAUGACGGAGGUCACUGUGGUCCACUGGGCCGUGCACGACGGAGGUCACUGUGGUCCACUUGGCCAUGCAUGACGGAGGUCACUGUGGUCCACUGGUCCGUGCAUGACGGAGGUCACUGUGGUCCACUGGGCCGUGCAUGACGGAGGUCACUGUGGUCCACUGUUCACGACGGAGGUCACUGUGGUCCACUGUGCACGACGGAGGUCACUGUGGUCCACUGUGCACGACGGAGGUCACUGUGGUCCACUGUGCACGACGGAGGUCAAUGUGGUCCACUGUGCACGACGGAGGUCACUGUGGUCCACUGUGCACGACGGAGGUCAAUGUGGUCCACUGUGCACAACGGAGGUCACUGUGGUCCACUGUGCACGACGGAGGUCACUGUGGUCCACUGUAUAUGUACAGGGCCCCGUUCCACAAAGCGAUCAUAGCCCUAUGACUACCGUUAGCCUAUGUUAAAGUAUGGGAGUUAUGAUCAUCUUAGCGCUAAGAUUGCUUUGUGGAACAGAGUCCAGGUUGUAUUGUUUCCCGGGUAGCCCAGAGUCAGAGGGUCUUCACCCUACACUCAGCAUAUUUGUAUUUCUGGCUUCCACUUUUUGUGAAUUAUUACAUAAAUUCUAACAUUUCCAAUUCAUAUCUUUAUAUAGAUUUUUCAUAUUUCACCGCUUUUUGGUUUUAUGUUGUAUCACUAUAAUUUCUGUGCUCUGGAUACUCUGACUGCCUAGCGGUCAAAAUUUCAACUUUAGAGUAUUUGAAAGACUUCUGCGAGUUUAAAUCACAAAUCAGAAGCCUGAGUUUUGUUAAAAACUGUUUGGUCUUGUAAGGUCAGCUAUAAGAGUUUAUAUGACACCACUGAACACAACUUAGAGAUAUAUUCAAGCUCGUAGACUCAAGAGCUUUUGGCACAGAUCUCUUAUAUGGUUCAAUGAACAUCACCGAAAAAACACUUUUUGUAGUGUUUACAAAUGUGUGGGUCAUGAUGAUCUCAACAAAUACGUAUUAGUUCAUGUACAUGCUCUAUGAGGAUUAAUUUGGUCAACUGUGGACAUGUGCCCUGAUUAUGGAUAUUUUAUAUUCAGCUGUUGUUCCGGCUGCUUACAGCUAAUUAAACCUUUCUCAGUACAAUGACCAAUUUAGAUAUAAUUAGGCGAGUGUGUUUCCAUCCUAUAUCAGGGAUACAAGUUGUAUAAUCCAUAUCUUGUAUUCCUGAUGAUAUUUAUGACAGAUGCAGAAACACACGAGGUUGAUAAUCUCUUUAUCACAUGGCACUCUUAAAAUAAUCGUUGUUUGAAGGGGGAGAACGUUGUUUAAAAUUGCCCUUUCUGACAAUAUUUCAGUCAAUUGAGUGUCUUUCGUAAAACAUGUAUGAAUACAAUGCAAGAGUGAACCACCCUAAUCACUAAAUUCGAAAAAAUAAUUUGAAGUCAUGUUUGUGUACAGAAACAUCCGCACGAUGAAAAACACCUGUCUAUGAUUAUUGGGAGUGUCAGGUAACUGUUUAUUGACCAAGUAGACCUUGCCUUGAUUCGUGGGAGCUUAUAAAAUAUAGUUCCUUUGGGGCACUCAUUUGCAUAUUAAUCAGAUUCUGAUACCAAGUUUAUCAGAUUGGUUUACUGCAUCGAUAACGCUAUCCAGUACAUGAUAUAAAUGUGUAUUAAAUGAUAGCAAGAUAAUAAGAAAUUAUAUUUCCAUCAAAUUAUUUAUAAGUGGUUAAAAUGCAGAGAUUUUGCAGAUACUGUAGCGUGUGUGGAUGAAAUGUGAGCGCUAAAGUUUACACUCACUGAGUGUUUUUUUAACAAAUGUGAUUGAUAGUGCAUUUGCACAGGUUGCUUAGUAACCUUUUCUUUAAAAAACAACUCUCAUUCAAUUUUUUUCCUUAGUGCUGAUGAAGGAAAUAAUUUGUUUGAGUGAAGAAAAAAGUACUGUGUUUAUUAAAAGUUCCUUUAUUGUAACAUGGAACUUAUAUUUUAAUUUCAUUUAUUAAUAGACUAUAUUUAUUUGUUUCUUGUCAUUUUAGCUUCUUUGAAGUGAACAAAAUGUGAAGACUAUUUAUGUUAUUUUGUCCAUCAAUAGAAAGACUGUACUAUGUUAUUUUAUGCUGUGUGUACAAGUCCUUGUCGCGUACAAUCUCAUUUAAAUCCGAUCUUAGUUCUCGCUAUUGCUAAACAAAGAUCUGAGGACAUCCCAUUAGGGGUCACGUCAGAACGACCUUUCAUCCGACCAAUUAAAGGGUCGCUUACCAGAUCAUGAAAGUGACAGUCGGAAUGUGUUUUUUGAUCAUGCAACCUCAAAAACGUUAAAACGGGUUAUUCCGAACGACAGUUAUGGCCCAUAAGUAUCUCUCCCUUCCAUGGGAUAAACAUUUGAACGGAAGAGGCAUUGCACAGUACGUGGGAAGCACUGCCAUACAAUCACAACCAUAUAUUAGACAUUCCGGAAUGUUCUUGCCGGAACUGGAUGAUUGUUAGAUGUUUCAGUGGUCGGUCAAAGUUCAUGAAAGGUCAUUCUGACGUGACUCGUAAUGGGAUGUCCUCAGAUCUUUGUUUAGCGACAACGAGAACUUAGAUCUGAUUUUAAUGAUAUUGUUGUUGCAAAAUUCCACCACAUGAUGAAAUCCAUUUUACACCAGAGUAUGUUUAUGUUUGAUGUAAUCAGUACCUUUGUUUUCUUGUGUUAUUGUCUUGAUGCAGAAUGAUCAUGAAAUCCAUCAUCAUCAUCAUCACCAUCAUCAUCAUCAUCAUCAUCACUAUCAUCAUCGGGAGCAUGGGUGGACCAGUCGUGUAAGGCACUAUAAUUCAAUGUGAACAGUUGCUUCCCUUGGGCAUGGCAGAAUCUAAUGAUCGUGGAUUUGAAUCCCAAUUCUUCCCGAUUAUGUUUCUAGGCUUGUCAGCACCAUACCCGUGCUCAUUGGAUUCACCUAAGUGGGAAUCGUCUGAGACAUGCAUCACUUGAGACUCCCCCCCCCUUUCCCCACUGACAUAACUGAAAUACCGUUCAAAGCGGCAUUAAGCCAAAAUCACUCAAUCAUUGAUACACAUCAUCCUUGAGCUAGGUAAAUAAUAAUUGUUAUUUGGAUCCUGAUUUUUAAAAAUAUCUUACAAAUGGACAGACAGCAAAAUAUUUUUUAGUUUGAAAAUGGAUGUGUCCCAAAGAUCAUUAUAUCUUUCAAAUGUUAAAAAACAAAACAUAGUUGGAUGUUUUCUUAUGUAGGAAGGUUUGAAAAACAAUAAAUAUUUUAUUUAACUAAACAUUCAUUUUCAGGACAUCUUGGAACUAAUGAUAAAUUUAUAUUUUGGGGUAAAACCUGAGGAAUUUCAUGUUCUUUUUUCUUUGGAAAAUAUUUUUUCAGAAAGAUCCCAGACAACAGAAGCAAUAGAUACAUACAUCAUUGUUAAGUCAAAACCAUAUAUAUAGUCUCCAGCGUGACCAUGGCACAUACCACAAUUGCUAAAUGUUUAAGGUCAGACCACCUUGGUCAGCGCACAUAGCAGUUUUGUAAAGGGAACACACCGCAAUUCUUUAUUCUUAGCCCAAAGAUGGCACAUGGUAACUAUUGUGCUUUAAUUUAAAUCUUUUUGCCUUGCACACAACCAAAGAUGACUUCUUGAUGGUACCGGUAAAUCUGCAUGUCCUAGACACAUGACUUCAGCAUUACAUGUUAUAUAUGUCGGGUUCACGAUCAGUUCUAGUUUCACUGGGUAGAAUUUGUCAUCAUUUCAUCUCAUUGAGUGAGUGAGUGAGUUGGGUUUAACGCCGCUUUUAACAUUAUUCCUGUUAUAUCACGGCGUGUCAGCUUAAUGUGGGAGGAAAGCCCGAAGUGAUGCAGGUCUCGGACGUUAAAACUUC